AUGGCUCCCUUCAUCUUCGAAGUCUUCUGGUCCCGCUUCAACCCACCCAAAGACACCACCCCCUCCUUCGCAGGCAAAACCCUCAUCAUAACCGGGGCAAACACAGGCGUAGGCUACGAAGCCGCUCUCAAAUUCGCUCGUCUCGGCACACAGCGUCUCAUCCUAGGUGUACGCAGCCUGAAGAAAGGUGACAAUGCCAAGUCCCGCAUCGAAGCCACGCUCGACCAAGAAGGCGAAAAGCGGCAAGGCACGAUCGAGGUCUGGCAACUGGAUAUGCUCAGCUAUUCCAGUCUCCAAGCCUUCGUCGCGAGAGUAGAGAAGGAAGUCCCGCGGCUGGACUAUCUCGUGCUGAAUGCCGGGAUAGUAAUGGCGACACAUCAAAUGUCAGACUACGGCUGGGAGAAGACAUUGCAAGUCAAUGCUCUCUCCACCACACUUCUAGGUCUCCUCUUGAUGCCCAAACUUCGAGCCUCGAAGACUCCGGAGUUCACGCCCGUUCUAGAGAUCAUAGGCUCAGGAAGCGCAUACUGGCCCUCCAAACUCCUCACUUCCAAAAGCUCCGGAGGAAUCCUAGCAGCCUACAACGACCCCUCCAACUUCGACGCAGCGAAUACCUAUGCCGUCUCCAAGACUUUCGUCGAGUAUAUCAAGACCGCCCUCGUGUCACUCGCCACGAAUGCCCAGACCGGGGAGCCAGAUGUCGUUAUCGUAUCCGUCUGUCCUGGGCCCACGAAGUCAGAGGUAGCGAGAGAUCAUACGGUAUGGUGGAUCGUGUUCGCGAUCAAGAUGUUUCGUUAUCUUCAGAGAAGUGGAGAGGAAGGGGCGAGGAGUUAUGUUAGCGGGUUGUUUUUGAGUCAGGAGGGGCAGGGGGCGUUUUGGCAGCAUGAUAGGAUCAGGGAGCCAAUGCCGUUGUUGCAAGGUGAAGAAGGAGCAAAGCAUCAAGAACAAGUCUGGGAGGAGAUUGUGGAGGCGUUGAAGAAAGAUGUACCGGAAGUGAAGGACCUGGUCUAA